AUGGCACCAGCGCGGCCACAGCCACGCUUCCUCGUCUGGGGCGGAGACGGUUGGAUUGCUGGUCACCUCGAGACACUCCUGAGGCGGCAGGGCAAAGAUGUCCACACGACCACUGUGCGUAUGGAGAACCGUGAGGCCGUCAUCCGGGAACUUGCCCGCGUCGGCCCUACUCACGUCUUCAACGCCGCCGGCUGCACCGGAAGGCCCAACGUCGACUGGUGUGAGGACAACAAGGAAGCGACUGUACGCUCCAACGUCAUCGGAGCACUCAACCUCGCCGACUGCUGUUUUCAGGCUAAUGUCCACUGCACCGUCUUUGCAACGGGCUGCAUCUACCAGUACGACGACGCUCACCCCAUUGGAGGGCUCGGAUACACAGAGGAGGACGAACCAAACUUUCGUGGCAGCUUCUACUCGGAGACCAAGGGUCACGUUGAACCGAUCAUGAAGCAUUAUGGCAAUUGCUUGAUACUCCGUCUGCGUAUGCCCGUCAGCGACGACCUUCACCCGCGCAAUUUCGUCACCAAGAUUACAGGGUACGAGCGGGUCGUCGAUAUCCCGAACAGCAACACUAUCCUCCACGAUCUCUUGCCGGCUGCUAUUCUCCUGGCGGAACACGACGAGGUCGGCGUCUACAACUUCACCAACCCGGGCGCCAUCUCACACAACGAAGUCCUCCAGCUCUUCAAGGAAAUCGUCCGACCCAGCUUGACGUACAAAAACUUUAGCGUCAUCGAACAGGCGCAGGUCAUCAAGGCAGGGCGCAGCAACUGCAAGCUAAGCACAUCCAAGCUCGAGGCGAAGCUCCGCGAAUACGAUUACGUCGUUCCGGAGGUGCACGACGCAUACCGCCGCUGCUUCAAAAGGAUGAGGGCCGGCGGGAUUCGUUAG